AUGUCGAAACCAGCUUCUUGUUCCUUUGAUAUGUGGCAACAAGACGAGAUCGCCCCUCCAAGUCACCACACUGGUAAAUUCUAUAUUCUAUUGCGAGUUUAUUUCAUUGUUGAAUACACUCCACAACACUACAAGAUGAAUGUUUAUUCAAAGAAGAGUUAUGGGUAUCUUGAACGAAGUGACUUGGUAGACGACUUGAAGCUGCCUGAAACCAUUUCAAGGAUGAUGAAACUCCUUCCUGUAACUGAAGAGGACAAAGAGAAGAUCAUAAAGAUUGUUGGCUCCAAGGCUAAGUUGAUGGAUUGUAAUGAUUCUAAUGCGGGUCGUGAUGUUAUAUCUGCUGUUAUGUCACUUGGGAUUUUUUAUAAACAAAAGUAUAAUCAAGAAGUGGAGCUUGCUUGGGCUACAAGAUUGGGAAAGUCCCUAGGAGAAUGCGUGCCGGCCAUGGAAUUAGCCGUUAUGGAUUUAAACAAGUUGGUGUUUGAGAAGAAUUGUUGCCUUGAGAGUCAAUGUGGGAUUUGUUUAGAAGGGUUUUGUGAGGGAGAGGAGAUUACUCGGUUGCCUUGCUCGCAUGAUUUUCAUGGAGGUUGCAUUGUGAAGUGGCUUAAAAAGAGUCACUUGUGUCCAUUCUGUAGAUUUCCACUGCAAGUUUGCGGAGAGACAGAAGCUUUAUGCCCGUUCAAGGAGGAGAAGAUGAGUAAGGAUCGUGUGUAUCGAAAACCAAGGAGGCGUGUUGGGCAGCCAUGGCUCCGGAGUCGUCCUUAUGGUGGGCUAAACAUCGUUGAUCCUCUUGGUUAG